CCGUUGGCGAACAAAAACGCGGAAACAAAAGAGACGCAGUUCGCCUGUAAAACAAACAACACCAUCGAGUCGGCACAAAAAAGUGAGCGUAUUUGCUGUUGACAGCUGUCGGUUGGACCCCACCGUCUCUCGUAGCCGAGCCCAAGGACUUGUCAUGGCUUUGAAAAGAAUACAGAAGGAGUUGAAUGACUUGCAGAGGGAUCCUCCUGCUUCAUGCUCAGCAGGACCAGUAGGAGAGGAUAUGUUCCAUUGGCAAGCCACCAUCACAGGACCGAAUGACAGCCCCUAUCAUGGAGGCGUGUUUUUCCUCUCUGUCCAUUUCCCCACAGACUAUCCUUUUAAACCACCUAAGGUGGCUUUUACGACAAAAAUCUAUCAUCCAAACAUAAACGGCAACGGUAGCAUCUGCCUUGACAUCUUACGAUCACAGUGGUCGCCUGCUCUCACCGUAUCAAAAGUGUUAUUAUCCAUAUGCUCUUUGCUAUGUGACCCCAAUCCCGAUGACCCCUUAGUCCCUGACAUAGCACACACAUACAAAUCAGACAGACAGAAGUACAACAAACUUGCCAGAGAAUGGACUCAGAAGUAUGCAAUGUGAAGUUUCGCCACCAACAUUCCCUGAACACCUCAAGUAAAACAACAACAACAAAAAACAACAGUACAGUACUGUUGCCACACUGGUUCUACUGGGAGCACUUUCAUUACUCAAACUUGACAUGACCCAAAUUUGUAUUGACUGUUAAUUUUAUUCUUAACUAAAUCGGCAUUAUUAUUACCAUUAUUAUUAUUAUUAUUAUUAUUAUUAUUAUUAUUAUUAUUAUUAUCGGUGGGGAGGAUACCGUAUACUUUUGAGAGAUUUAUAUUGAAUGAAUCUAUGCUCAUUUUACUUUACAUUAAAAAAACAUAAAAAUUUGAGUUGCAUUUUUUUAUUUUUUUCCAUUUUAAAAAGGAAACUAAUUUAAAAAAGAAAAUCAAACAAAUCAGUUCCUACAUUUAUUUGUAGUCCUCAUUUUAUCUUGCAUUUAAAGCAUUCGUAUUGAAUAAAUGUGUGCUCAUUUUACAUCACAUUAAAAAAUGGUAUUUGUGUCAUACUUUAUUUUCCUGACAGUUAAAAAAAAGCGUAAACAAUGAAGGUCCUUGUGUUAUAACCCUGGCGUCCACUAGAGGGAAGCAUUUUCUUUUACUGAACAUGCCUUGAGGCCAUUGCAAACUCAUUAGAACAUAAUAGCUUCUUAUCCUUUUUGUUUUUUUGUUAAUUUAAUCUGAGUCCAUAUUGUAAAUGCCCAUUAUGCACAGUUAAUCUAACAGAAAUGAAUCUUGUGUCAAUUUAUAUUUAAAUGGAAAAUUAUUAUUCUGAAGGAAAAAUGACCAGUAAUGGUAGUUAGAGCAACAACACAACAUUCAUCCGUCAGUGUGUAGAAUUAAAUUAAACAAGAGCAUGAAUGACUGGAAGGUGCCAUUUAAUAACUUCCUCAACUACACCCCUAUUCAGAUAUAUGCUUCCUUCACAUGUUAUCAUGUUGCACUUGGACAGUGGGUCUGUUUGACUGGUGAAGGCGUGUUUUGUUUUGCUUGAACUUUCCUGUACUGCUUCCCUUUCCCUCCGACAGGAUGUGGAGUGUUU